AUGUCUGCGGAGGCUCUCAUCGCGCAGAAGAAAGCCGAAAUUGCGGCAAAGAUAGCGGCGAUGAAGAAGAAUGCGCCCAGAGCAGCGGCCACAACACCCUUACCAGCCCCUAAACCCAGUCCUAGCCCUGCUGCUGCCAGCCCGCCGCCUGCAUCCUCAACGUCGACUCCGACGGACGACCUUGCUCGACGAGUCGCUGAAGCGAAGAGGCGUGUCGCAGAUGCGCAGAGUAAAUUGGCGGUGAAGGACAAUCCGUAUAUGUCGGCCCCGCAGCGCGGCAAGAAGGCUACGCCUGUCGUCGAGCCCACUCAGCAGGGUGCAGGUCUCAAGAUGGCAGCACACCCUCUCCUUCUCGAUACUUCAAUACCGGCGCCCCAGUCGAAGAAGGAUCGCUACAAGCCCAUGCAACCCAAGUUUGCUUCCAUCAAGGCUAACGUACGCAACGCCCCUACGCCACCCCCCGCUCCCCCCGUCGUCCCAAAGGAAGUAUCCACGAAUCCCUACGCAUCUGGCGCAGCCGCAGCCGCAGACAGCGGCUUCGAGGGCGCCCCCAAGGAACGCGUUGGGCGGAACCUCAGGUUCAAUCCGAAGGGCAAGUACGUCCAGAUCGCGAACCAAGUCAGGCAGGAGGCGAAGCUUGAGGAGCUUAAGCAGCGUAUCGCCGAAAACGCGAAGAAGGCCGGUCUGGACGCGGAGUUCGAGACGCUCGAGAAGAGCAUUCGGCGCGAGCCCCCGCCUGCCGCUGAGUGGUGGGAUGCUGCGCUGCUUCCGAACAAGACCUAUGACGACCUGGUUAAGGGCAUCGGUGCUAUGAAUAUCCGGUCAGACAACUCGCCGAUUACGAUAUACGUGCAGCAUCCGAUCCCAAUACCUGCUCCGGGGGACAAGAAUACGGUAGCGAUGAAACCCCUGCGCUUGACGAAGAAAGAGCAGAAGAAGAUGAGGAAACAACGUCGACAGGCGGAAUUACAGGACAAGCGCGACCGGAUUCGGAUGGGACUCAUUCCCCCGGACCCGCCGAAGGUGCGCUUGGCCAACCUCAUGAAGGUUCUUACGUCAGAUGCCGUCCAAGACCCGACGCGCGUGGAGGCGCGUGUGCGGCGGGAGGUCGCGAUGCGCAAGCAUACGCACGAGAAGAUGAACGCGGAACGGAAACUCAAUGACGAGCAGCGGCGGGAGAAGGUCGAAACGAAGAAGGUCGAGGAAGAGAAGAAGGGCAUCUACGGCGCGGUGUUCAAGGUGAAGACCCUCUCCGACCCAGCGCACCGCUUCAAGGUGCGCAAAAACGCCGAGCAGAUGAACCUCACCGGCGCGUGCAUCUUCAAUCCCGCCUUCAGCCUCGUGUACGUCGAGGGCGCUGCGAAGUUUAUUCGUCAGUACAAGCGGCUUAUGCUACGCCGUAUCGCGUGGACCGAGCAGGCCCGCGAACGUGGUCACGAGGAUGUGGAAUUGCAUGAGGGCGACGAAGAUGAGGCGGCGGCGGACAAAGGCAAGGCCAGAGCUGCUUCGACCGGCGCUGAUGAGGAGAACGCUGUGUCUCUGGAGGACAACCAAUGUUGGUUGAUAUGGGAGGGUCAGUUGCGCGAUCGGGCAUUCAGCAACUUCAAGCCAAAGAGCUGUCCGACGGACGCUGGGGCUAAGGAAGUUCUGGGACAGAAGCUGGCCGGGUAUUGGGACCAGGCCAAGAACUGGAAGCCUGAGGAAGAGGAGCUGUUCUGA